UUCUCCUCGUCCGUGCCUUCCUCCUACUGGUGGUGGUCAGCUCGACUCUUACUUGGGCUUUAGGAAGGGAGAGUCUGACAAGGAGGAUGUCUUUGCUGUCAGGUGAUGAUGGUAUGGCCAUGAGUAAGGUAGUGAGGGACUUAGUAGCGGGUCCUCUAUCAUCACACCAAUUGCUGCUGGUCACUGACGAUGAGGCGGAGAACUUGCUGGAUGUUGGGUGGAUCCUGGCCUCCCUGGGACCUCUGGCACCUCCCUCAGUGUUCAGCACAUCUAACUCCCUCCUCCACAUUCACUAUCCCACCUCACACAUCCGCGGUCCGCUCCUCGCAACCAUCUUCGUUUUCCACAACGACCCAAACACAUUCUUGGAUCUUCUGCAAACUAACCAAGAGUGGAACCCCAAGUAUUUAGUGCUCUUUUGUUUGAAUGAUGACGUGAACACGACGAGGGUCAUAAGUCAGCCUCUAGUACAGCGGUCGGAACGUAUCUUGAUGCUGCAAAUGGUGACUGUGAAUGAGAAGUUGUCGUUUAAGACUUACACCAGCCUCCCCAUGCAAGUUAAUUCACGAGGUAAGAAGUUAGUGAAGACACCUUUGGGAACCUGGCGACCUGAGAGGCCCACCACCUUAGAGUCAAUUUUUCCGUCGAGGUUCGACAGUUUCGGAGGGAUUAUAUUACAGCUGUCGUCGUGGUGUGACGACACUCCCUUCCUCUACUACAAGGACGGCCAGUGUACUGGUGAGAACAUCGAUGCCCUUACUAUUAUAUCCCACAAAUACAACUUCACCUUCUACGUGCAGGACAAGCCAGCUGACGAGCGGUGGGAUUCUAAGGAGAACGGCUCGUGGGUGGGGCUGAUGGCUGGUCUAAUGUACGAGGGCAAACACCUCGCCCCGAACGCUAUGCUCCUGAACGAAGAAAAUAGGCGAGAGUUCGACUACACGUAUCCGUACCAGACGGAGGGAUUCAGCUUCCUCCAUCGUAUGCCGCCGCCGCUACCCCAAUGGAAAAAUCUGUUGUACCCUUUCACCACCACCAUGUGGGUCGCCGUCCUCGCCUCCACCAUGCUGGUCGUCAUCCUCCUCGUAUUCUUGCUACACGUCGUCCAACACCUCCACGACCCAAUCAGCUUCGCCCUCAAGGUGGUGGCUGGGCUGCUGCAUCAGAGUGUGGACAUGAGAGAGGUGCGGGCGUCAUGGGCGCGAGUGUGGCUGGCGUGGUGGUGGGUGUCAGUCAUCAUCGUGUUGUCCGCCUACACCAGUAACCUCAUUGCCGUCCUCACCGUUCCUGUUUACCCCAAGACGAUACAGACGGUGGAGGAGCUGGCUGCACAUUCCACCAGAGUCAUGAUGCUUGACUACGGGAACUUCGUGCCAGGGGCCCUCAAGACUUCCUCCCACCCGGCCCUGGCAGCCCUAGGACACAAACUAGAACUGAUGCCCUACGACUCAGAUGCCAUGUACGACCACAUCUUCCAGAGGAUGGAAGCUGGAGGUUACGCCUUCCUGGAGUUCUCCAGCUACCUCUUCUACCUCCAGAAACACUACAACUUUACGGCUGUCUCCUACAUCAUGAACUCCCAGAUCUACUCAAGUCUGCUGGUGUGGUUCCUUCCGCGCAACACGCCUUACACGCCCCUCUUCUCCCACGCCCUGAUGCACCUGCGGGAGGCCGGCAUCUUGUCUCACCUGUUUUCUCAACAUCUACGUACGACAAUCAAACGACAGGAUAAGAACAAAGCGGCGAGUGGAGGAGGGCAGCUGAAGGUGAAGCAACUACAGGGCGCCUUCAUACUGUGGGUGUUGGGACUGACCGCCGCUGCCUUGACCUUAUUACUAGAGUUUCUCAUAAGAUAUUACUGAAUCUCUCUCUCUCUCUCUCUCUCUCUCUCUCUCUCUCUCUCUCUCUCUUUCUCUCUCUCUCUCUCUCUCUCUCUGUCUCUCUCUCAAACACCAGCAGUUGAUAGGACAACCAGUUCAGACUUCAAUGAACAAUACUUCGCUAAAUCAGUGUUACCAAUUCACGUCACCAGAUCACGUCACUCACUCAGCAUUGUUAACCACUUGACUGGAGUUAAUUAAAGGUGGGUCACUUGACUCUAUAUCCUAUUGUAUCCAUCCAUCUGUUACUGAGGGAUCCAUUUUGUUUAGGUUAAUGUAUUAGUUAGGAAGGGAAUGGAAAGAGAUAUCUUUCAAGUUAAAUUUAUUUAACAAAGACGUUAUAUGAAGUCAUAUGUGUUCGUCAUAUUUCUAACUAGAGAUACCGUGGAGGGGGGAGGACUCACUAUAUACACCCGCACGACUACAGGAAAAUCAUUAAAUACACGUUACCACGCCUCAGUACCAUACGCCGCAGGCCCAUCCAGAAAACCGCCUCACUAUAUCACACCCAAUGCUAAACUGCCUGUAAUUCCAACACUGCUCACCAGCUGCCGAGAACAUAUUCUGCGUGUCAAAUCAGAGCCCGUUUUUUUUCCCAAAGAUUCUUCUGGUCUUCUUUUCUCUGGUCCCCGAGCAAUGCUAGGGACUGUCAGUUGGUCGAAAAUGUUCAAAGGAGGGCCACCAGACUGGUGCCUGCACUUCGGCACCUCAGCUACCCUGAG